AUGCCUUCCGACACGCUACGGGCUAUACUCCGCCGGACCUCGUCAAGUAUCUCGAAGAGGAAGCGAGCUCGCGAUGCAGUGGGUAAAUUCUUACCCAAUGAGAUGCUCCGUGAGAGUGGCGAUGUGUGGUCUCCAGCAAAGAGCAGGCGAAAUCCGCAACGCGGUAAGAGUAACAGCGCGGAACAAGUAGCCUCACUUAACGAUGUUUCACCUGAGGAUGAACAGACCGGCGAAGAAGACAGAAGCUCGACCGCUAUAGCGAACGAGGAUAACGAGGCAGGGUCCGAGCACUCGGUAUCGGAAGAGGACGAGAAGACUAUGAGAGCGGAUUUGACCAUCCUCCUAUACAGGGAAUUAUUUCUUGACGAUGACAAUUCCCACACGAAGCUCCCCAACGCCGAGUCAAUGUUGGAGACGUCUAAACAGUUAGACGACAUCAUACGCAACCUAUGGACUCGAGGCGAAGACAAGAUCCGUGUAGCUCUUGGAGAUUCAUUCGAGCAAGCCUAUCGAACAUUGCAUGCCUGGCUCUCUUGGCGGGAAGGCUGCUGGUCACUGUGCCACGCCACCGGAGUACACCCUCUCGAAAGGAAACCGACUCCACGAUUCACUUUAACUCAAUGGGAGCAGAAGCUAGGCGGGGGGGAGGAGUGCCGGAAAUUCCAUCAGACGCUCAUGAACCAUCGUCGCACGCUGCUGGCCUCUAAGAUCCAUGGAGACGAAGAUACGGCUUUAAGUACAGCAAAGUGCCUUUCGCGGGUGUUCGCUGGGAUUGCCGGAAGUCCGAUCUUGGAAUACAGCCUUCGGGGACAAAUUGUCACCUAUAACGAAUUGCUAUUCGCAUGGGACCUAGACUUGUGGAUGUAG